CCCCCGAAGAAGGGUGCCCUCGAGAAAAGAGUAGUCCCAACAUCAGCGAAUUCGUCAAGACGACAGACGCCUCGGUCUAUGGAGAAGGUGGUGACACUAUCAUCCGUUGAGAUGUGAUCCAGAACAUAGGAGGGACACUUAGUAGUUUGUAGUUGGUCCCCAUCUCCCCCCUCUAUCACCCCAUUACCCCACUAGCCCCCUCGUGACUUCUACCACCUACUCUAUCUCCCCCUCUCCCCUCGUACACAUGCACGUGUGAUAAUCCACUUCACCGGUAAAAAGCAACCACCGGAUCAGCAGCUUCUCUCAAAUGCACCGGCUACUCUACCGCUCAACGACACUUCUCCCUCCCUUUUAAUACGAUCCUAAUGAAUUUUUAUCGCCCGCCUUUCUUCAAACAACGUGCCAUACAACCCUCAGCAACCUGUGAUAUAAUACUCGAUGCCUAAAUAUUUACAUAGACGUAGACAUCUAGUCGAAGACUAGAUCGAGCUGAAGGUUUCGUCGUCAAAAGAAAACUUCGAAUCCUAAGACAACAAUAAUUUAGCCGACCAAAACAAGCGUUCAAGCAUUUUAAGCACGAGGAUUUUAGAAGAUUAUAGUACGAAAAGAAGAAAAAUUAACUGAAGACGGCGCCGGAGAAUGUCGACGUGCACCGACGAGGCUGAUAAUGCACCCUGCACUCUGUCUCCGGUGCAGGAGGCACCAGUCUCACCAGCGUCCUCCUCUCUGAGCAAUCAAAAUCAAAACGAGAGCGAGCAGCAGGUCUUGCUGGCGACUAUGCAACCGGUGAACGUGCUCGAUCUGCACGAGCCGCCGGCCGUGCAUACGCUCCAUCCCAAAUACCACCAUCAUCAUCAUCGUCACCAUCACCAUCACCAUCAUCAUCAUCACCAGCAACAGCAGCAACACAUCCAGGGCAACGAUUCAGAAGACGUGCAGCAGCGCGCUGCAGCUACGGAUGACUCUGACGACCGCGUGUCACCCGGUACCGAGGUGGCCGCCGCUGCCGCGGGCAACACGACACUCGGCGUCGGCGAGCACAAGAUGAUCGACCUGAUCUACAACGACGGACAAAAAACAGUCAUGUAUACCCACGAUAAAGAGAUCAUUUACGAAAAUGAGCACGCGGACCGCGUGCAGGUGGUCGAGUACCCGCCACCACCGCCGUCACCGCCGUCACCGUCGCCACCGUCGGCCGGUGUCACGAGAACGACAGGUCUGUUGCCGCCGUCCUGCGUCACCCCAAGGUCCGCUGCCACGGCUGCCACCGCUACCGCCCUGCAUCUGCACCACUAUCCGCAGCUGCAGCUGCAGCACGAGGACGAUCUGCCGCCGACGGUGCGCCAUGCCGUCAACGCGACCGUGCCGAAUGGCGGCGCCGCGACAACCACGACGACGGUUCUUGUGCUGCAGGAGCUCGUCGCGACCGAUCCGGCCGCCGCCGGUGCAGCUGCGGCCGCACAACAACUGACACUUACCGCCGCCGCCGCUGCAGCUUCGUUUCGCGCUGGACGACGCAGUCGCAGCGAGGAGGAAACCAACGGUACCGUCGUUAGCGACGACGCACAGCAGCAACAGCAGCAGCAACAAAGUUACGUAUCCGGGCAGCGUGAACCGGAAGAAGAGGAGGAAUUGGGAGCGGAGGAGGCGGCGGCGCAAACCCUGCAGAGCGGCGCCGAGGGCGCCGAUCCGGAAGUUCACAAGAGGGUCGCCGCGGUGCAGGUGCAGGUUCAGGGUAUGGAGGGCGAUUGGCGCGCCUACUGUGAGCAUCCGCUCUCCGUAGCGACCGCGGCCAUGCUAAACCUUCAGCAGCAGCAUCAGUCGGCGGUAACUAACCACAACGAUGAUCCUGCUGCGUCUUACGUCUAUGAAUACUACAAAUUGCCCGAGAAAACGGCGGAUGUCAAACUGCCACCCACGCACGAACUCUGGUCUACGGGUGUGAUGGGCCAAAAGCUGCUGGUGCAAGAGGCGCCUGGCUCCGGUUCCGCCUCGACGAAUCGCAUGGAAGGCGGUGAAGGUGCCGGAGGAGGGGAGCUACACCACUUCCUCCAGUACAACCAGCAAUCUCACAGUCCUAACCAGAGUCUGCAGGGUGGCCUUCCACUUCCGUUGAGCCCACAACCCCUGCGACACGACGGUGCCUCGAGCGCCGGCAUCGUCGGGGUCAAGAGGGAACCAGAAGAUCUUAGCUCGUCACGCGGGGGCCAACAAUCCAGUAAACGGCAUAAACAGACGCAACCCGACAGUCCCACACCGCCGGGAAUGUAUCAUCAUCAUCCGCAUCAGUUACAGGUGCAGCAGUACGGCAGCCCUUACGACCCCUACACGUCGUGCAGUCCGAGAUUACAGUCGACUGCCUACACGUCUACGUCGGCAACCGGAACGGGAAAUGCAACGGCGAAUCCGGGUGGUGGCCUCCAUCAGGAGGCGACGACAGUCUACGUCGCCGGUGACGCACUGCCGCCACUCGCUUCAUCCAGCUCCGCGUCUUCGCUAUCCACCACGACUGCUUCGUAUACGAGGUACGAGGUUGUGCCGAGCUCAUACGCUACGACACACGCGAUACGCUCUUCUUCGAGCAACAGCAAAGUCCUGACCGUUGACCUUCCCAGCCCUGACUCUGGUAUAGGCGCCGACGCGGUAACGCCCAGACAGGACCAUCAUCCAACCACGGCCCUUCAUCAGUCCUCAUUCGACUACACAGAAUUAUGUCCUGGUGGAACUGCCGGAACAGCGGUAGUUCUCGAAAGUGGAGCGGUGAUACACCAACCCCUGCAAUUACAGCUGCAGCAGAACCACGCACAAGCGCAGGUGCAACGCAGCAGCUUAGUGUCCGCUGGUGCGACAAAUCCGAAUCCGAAUCCAAAUCCGCAAAGAUCGCGGCCUUGGCACGAUUUCGGCAGACAGAACGACGCCGAUAAGAUCCAGAUACCGAAAAUUUUCUCGAAUUACGGAUUCAAAUACCACUUGGAAUCGCCGAUCAGUACGUCGCAACGCCGCGAGGAUGAUAGAAUAACGUACAUCAACAAGGGCCAAUUCUACGGAAUCACAUUGGAAUAUGUGUCCGAUCCGGACAAACCGCUCCUCAAGGCAGGGCAGACAGUCAAGAGCGUAGUAAUGUUGAUGUUCCGGGAGGAGAAGAGUCCGGAGGACGAAAUCAAAUCUUGGCAGUUUUGGCACGGGAGACAACAUUCUGUCAAACAACGGAUUCUCGAUGCUGACACGAAGAAUAGCGUCGGCUUGGUGGGUUGUAUAGAGGAAGUCGCGCACAAUGCGAUUGCCGUUUACUGGAACCCACUCGAAUCGUCGGCAAAGAUAAACGUGGCGGUGCAAUGUCUCAGUACCGAUUUCUCGAGUCAGAAAGGCGUGAAGGGUUUGCCACUGCAUAUCCAGGUCGACACAUACGAGGAACCACCGCCUCACACGCACACAUAUACGCCGCCUUCCCAUCGCGGCUACUGUCAAAUUAAGGUCUUCUGCGAUAAGGGAGCAGAGAGAAAGACUCGGGAUGAAGAGAGACGCGCGGCUAAGAGGAAGAUGACAGCGACUGGUAGGAAAAAGCUCGACGAGCUUUAUCACCCCGUUACAGAGCGCAGCGAGUUUUACUCCAUGGUCGACCUGCACAAACCGCCUGUACUGUUCUCCCCACCGGCUGAACACGCCAUCGAUAAGUUUUCGACGAUGGAGUUGUCGGGCUUCUACGGUGGUGGCGGCGGCGGCGGCGGCGGGGGAGGGGGUGACACCGAUACCUCAUCCCUCAGUAAUGGUGAAGGUGGAGGAUUGAAGGCGGGGGGUAGCAGCCCCUAUCCACCGCCAUGCGCCCGGCCGAGUCUACCGGCCCUCAAGUUCCACAACCAUUUUCCGCCCGACAAUCUCAGUAGCCUGCACGACAAGAAGGACUCGUUGCUGAUGCAGGUGCAGGAAUUGCAGGGCUCGGUGCUGCAGGGGGUGCAACAGACCGGCCUGGCAGGCUCGGUAGUGUCCAAUGUCGGUAAUCGGCUGCACCUGCAACAACAGCCGCCACAUCUACGCCCAGCGGACGCCGAAGAACGCGUCAUGCUUUACGUGCGUCAGGAAUCGGAAGAUGUCUACACACCACUGCACGUUACACCGCCAACAGUCCAGGGGCUACUCAAUGCUAUUGAGUCAAAGUACAAAAUUGCAUCCUCGAGUAUUAAUAACCUCUAUCGCAAAAACACAAAGGGAAUUACGGCGAAAAUUGACGACGACAUGAUCCGAUAUUACGUCGAUGAGGACUUGUUUUUGCUGGAGGUGAGCCACUCACGAAUCAAUUCUGACCCAAGCAGCGAACGUAAUCCAAACAAUCCAGGCUCGCCGGGUGAUCCUGGCGAUCCGAGUGAUUCUCCCGCUGGAUACGACGUCACUCUCAUUGAACUACCCUCAUCGCCUCCACAUCUACCACACUCACCCCUCGCCAAUUCCACACAUGCACAUGUGCAUGUUCACGACAAUAGUAAUACGUGA